AUGCAAAUAUUAGUAAAAACGUUAACUGGAAAAAGACAGUCAUUUAAUUUCGAACCCUCAAGUACUGUUUAUCAAAUAAAGAUGGCUAUUGAGGAAAGAGAAGGAAUAGAUGCGAAACAAAUAAGGCUUAUUUAUUCAGGAAAACAAAUGCAUGAUGAGAUGAAGUUAAGCGAUUACAAGGUUGUACCCGGUUCAACCAUUCAUAUGAUUUUACAACUACGAGGAGGAAAAUACUAA